GCACACAUCACUUUCUCAUUCAGCCGGUGUCGACGAUCUCUUGACAUACAAAAGAAAUUUAUUCUGUGAGGAGUCUAUCUUUUUCCAAAUCAUGGACGCGUUCCAAGUCCAUACAACCUUCGUCAAUCAACUCAGAACUCUCAAUGCCACUCAGCAGGACGUACAGAAAUCAGUGUCCUUUGCCAUGCGGCACAUCGACAACCAUGAGGAUUUGUGGAGUUGCAUCAUGCAAGCAUGUCACGAAGCCUCCCUGAACCUUAAGAUGAACAUUCUCUAUUUUAUCGAGAGUCUCUGCGAGAUGUCGUCCAGUGUCGGCCCUGAGCCAUAUUAUGUCCAGCAUCUGGCUAGAGAUUUAAGGGCGCUUGUAAAUUUGUUGGUUCCAGAUUCCAGAGAGGGCCUGCUCAAUCUGUACGGCACAAAGCAGGUUAUACGGAAUUGGCGUAAUCGACGUUUCAUCAACCAGGAUGCCUUUGACGUUGCUGAUGCCCUAUUAGAGCGCAGGCAGGACUGGAGCCAUGUCGAGCAAAAUGGCACCCCAGGAACGCCGAUACGAGAAGAUAAAUAUGUGAAAGGCGAUGCAAUUGGCCGGAUGAGCAAGCAGCAGAGGAUUGACAGGAUGAACGAAGAUCGCGAGCGGCAAAAACGCUUGCGGGAACAACGAUGGAUCCUGCCUAUUCCCCCUGUUGCAGUCCAACAUCGUUUAGCCAGCACGCUUCCAGCCACGCUCAGUGUGAACGAUGCAGCACUAGAUAAGGAGUUUGACGAUAUCUGGGAGACGACAUCCGAUUGGAAUGAAGAUGAUGACGAUGCUAUAAACGAGGAGAACGACUUGUGUUUUCCAGGCGUGUUAUUCAGACAGGGAAUAAAUCGGGGAGGUGGUGACAGGUGACAAUUGCCUGUCGAGCUUCUAUGACCGCCUGAUGCCUGAACGAGUAUUGUAAUAUUAUCAUGAACUACAUGUAUCAAGAACAUCCUACAACCACAUGCGAGAGCGAGCAUUUUAUUCGCUUGUUUGAAGACAUGUCGUAUUUUAUUGAAACAGGUAUUGAAAGGUCAAGCAGUCAAAAUGCGCCGUGCGGAUGAAAAAGAACACAGCAUACUGCAACCCUAGUACUCCAAUGCCUCAGCAUCAUCCACUUCUGCUUUAUUGAUGCUUGGAUUAGGAUCUGGGGGAGCCUCUGCAAACGCAAGUGUCACUGAAUCUUCGUAUGCAAUGCCUUCAGACAGCUUCUCUCCCUCCAUCAACACGUCCUGGUUUGAAAACUCUUGCACCUGCUGGCGGAGCACAUCCACCUCCUCUAUACCUUUCUUUCUCUCCUCCUUCCAGGUUUUCUGUUCAUCGCCCACCUGUUCUCUGACUCCUUCUUGACGAGUUUUGAGAAAAGCUUCCUGCUCAGGGAGCAGAAUGGCUGGGAGGUAAUAAAGCACUGUCUGUGUGGCUGCCGGGGGUGGAAUGGAGAUGGGGAGAGAAAAGGGAUCAUUGGUAGGAUGUGAAAUAUGAUCAGAAGUAAUAAGGAAAUGAGAGAGAUAAGGCUUGAUCUCAUGGGUGAGGCGAAGGAGAUUGUCCUUCAUGACCAGUUCAUCCUCCUUGUGACUUGCGAGCAUUCUUGACCUUUUAAUAUCUGCCUGUCGUCUUACUUCCAUUUGUUCGUGCGCAAGCUUUGACUGGAGCUUUGUUUCCAGCGACAUCCGACGGCGUGCAGCAUCGGUCUUGUUUCGCUCCGCAUCUUCGUCCUUCGCUUUAUUCAGUGUCCCAACCAGAAUCCCAAACAUCGUCUUGCCGCGCUUGCGAGGUUCCGUGGUGAGAUCCAGCCGAGGUCUUUUGCGAGGAGGGUGCGGGACAUGUGCGGGGGAAGCAUUUCUAGGACUGGGAGGCACUUCGUUCAUAAAAUCUUCAGCUGAACGAUGGACAACAGUCUCUGGCACAACAUCCUGCUCUACUUCAGCCAUAUUUCUUCGAUGUCGGUG